ACCUGUUAGAAGUUCACUUGAAAACUGCUGACUUUAACUUGAAAAACAAAAAUGCAGCCACCGCCUCCGUCUGGGCCGCCUGGGUCCAAUGGCCCUCCGCGCAUGUCUAUGACUAAUAAUGCAUAUCGUCGUAAAUGUGGGCCUACACCCACUGCAGCGGCUGCAGCUUCUGUGCAACCAGUAACUGAUCCAUUUGCAUUUGGCAGAAUGACACCGCAAAAUACAACUGGAAGCAAUGCUGCAAGAGGGAAUCUGUUGGCAAUGCCAAGCCCAUCCCCUUCAUUGUACCACCAGCCUGUGCCAGUCAGUGCUUCAGCAGUUGGCGAGAAUUCCCAGGGGACACAAGCAUCAGCACAGGGAUCUGUACCCCAGGCUGUGCCUAGAGGUUCUCAGUUUACAGGAGCAGCUGGUCCCUCUACAGGGGGUGGAUAUUUUACAAAUAGUGCUGCUUCUGUACCUUCUUCACAACCUGGACUCGGCCAUCCUCCUUCACAACCUUUUCAUUACAUGGCAAGUGGACUUGAAAAUGCCUUUUUACCUGUUCAGAACCGAUCUCAGAGCCGGCAAAGUAACCCUCCCGAUUUGAAUAAUACUGGUGCUGUUUCAGCCCCAUUGCCAUCAUUUGUUCCUGCUCCACCUCAACAAAGCACUGGCCCUUGGGGGUCCAUGCAGGGUGCACCUCCUACCUCGGCACAGAAUUUCCCACCAGCUUCCCAGCAUCAGUCUUACAAUGCUUCAUAUUCUUCGCCUCCUUAUUUAGAAGUGUCUAAUCUUCCUCCCCAAGCACCAUUUCAUCCCAACGACACAUCAUAUCUUCCUAUGCCACCGAGGUCCACUGCAUCACAGUUUCCAGUUGCAAGUGGUGCAAAUAAUGUCCUUCAGCACAGCAGUUCCCAGUUCAGCAAUGUACAUCAAAUGGACUAUAUGCAUAGCCACAGACCUGAACAGAGCAAUUGGUUUAAACCACCGUAUAAAGAACAAACACACCAACCUCUACCGAAUCCCAACCUCAUGCAAUCUGGAGGUCCUCCUUCUGUCCCAGAACAAAAACUUCUGAAUGAACGUGAGAAAGCAGCCACCCAGAGUGCCCCAAGCUCAGAAUCUGGUACAGUAUCAAUGUUCUUUAAAGGGGAUGAAGCGGAAAAUGUAGAAAUAAUAUCGUCCAUGCAGCAGCACACAUUUAAUAGGCAAUCAUAUGAUGUUUCUCAGUUCCAGAAUAUGGGACAUCAGGUUAGUGUGCCUUCAUCACAACCCCAGACAUCAGUUGCAAAUAUUCAGCCGCAGUCCUCGGUUGCACUGGGACCCAGUUCUCCAAAUUCUCAACCAUUUUUGUCUCAGAAUAUCAACAGUCCUCACGAGCCACAGGCAACAUGGCAGCAUGAUAUAUAUGCCGUUGGAGACCAUGUACCUGUUGAAGCAGGCAAUGUAACAGAACCACCUUUUGACAAUGUCGAGAACAUAGAGUGCAUUCAAAAUCAAGAAGUUCUCCCAAAUGAUCCUAACAUCAGCCUUGUGCCUUCUAGUGCAAAUUCUGACUUGUUCCGAUAUGGACCAGUUCCGGGGCCCAACCAACCUAAAAAUGCCAUUCCCCAUACUGAAGGGGGUCCAAACUUAGAAAUGCCUGACUGUUUAAAUCAGCCUGUCAGAUCUGAUAGUGUGUCGUCCAACUACAGUAGUUUAAGUCACAGGAGUUUGCAAACAGGAAACAGCAGUGCGAACAGGCCACAAGAGCUGGUGGGGACUUUUAUUCAAAAAGAGAGUGGUAAACUGGAAAAUGAUCCAGCUAAUAGUUUCUUUAAGCAGAUAGAUUCUUCUCCAAUGGGUGGAGAUGUGAUUGCUCAGGCUACGGCCCAAAACAAUUUUCAUGGGAGUUUGUCGCAGCCACCUACUCCAAGUCCACCUAAGCCUACAGGAAUAUUUCAGACAAGUGCAAAUAGUUCCUUUGAGCCUGUUAGGUCCCAUGCUGUAGGUCUAAAACCAGCUGAGGUUGACCAGUCUAAAGUGGUUGUGGAAGGACGAGAAGGAUUUAAGCUGCCACCAAAUAACUCUCAAGGUAUUAAUAUGCUAGCAGCUUCCCCGGGGAAUUUGGAGCAUCCGCCUGAUAACAUGGAGACCGUUUUCUCAGAUAAACCGAAUCCUUUGCUGUUUGCCGCAAACACUGCAAAUGUUUUUAAGUCGGUAGGUGGUCCACCUUUAGAUAAUACGGCUGCUUUACUUGACAGACGCCCACCUUCAAGAGCUCAUGGUUCAAACAAAAAAUGCGAGAGUCCUGCUACGACCCUGUGGGCUCAAGGGGAACUACCAAAUUUUGGUGGAAAUGUUCUUCUUGCUCCGGCUGCCCCUGCAUUGUACGUUCCUCCUAAGUCUCAAGUGGAGGUCAUUCAGCCCCCAGAAGAGGGAUUAUCGGGUCCUCAACCUAGCAGGCCAGAAUUGGCUAAAUAUGAGACCCCACCUGAACAACACGUUUCUUCUGAAAAUUUAGAGAAUCCUCCUAAAAUUACAGAUGAUGAUCAGCUUCACUCCCAGGCAAGUUCAGGUUACGCCAGUCUUUUGUCUUCACCGCCCACUGAGUCUUUGCAAAAUCAGCCUGUUUUAAUUGCUCCUCCAAAUAAAGCCUAUAAUUUGCUUCAGCCAAUUAAUUUCUCUUUAUCUUUACCAAAUCAAGUUAAGAACUUGAGUUCCGCAAAUGAUUCUGCAGUCACUGAGAAGCUUGCUCCUACAAGCAUAGGCAGUAACUUUAAUUUGAAUGAAAAUGCUUCACUAAUACAAGCAGGACCUGUCCUAAAUACACCUGUGUCCUCUAAUCAAUUAAACAACAAAUCUACAACAUUUAAUAAUCAUGCUCAUGAACCUUUUCCUAAUCAACAAUUAAAUAACGUAAUGCCGUCCGCUAAUCAGUUACCCCUUAAUUUAGUCACAGAAAAUCAAAAGACUGUGAAGGGUGAAAGUGCACUUUUUGGUUCUGUUAAUAAAUCUUUUAUCCCAGUGUCUGCUGGAUCAAAUUUACCGGUGGGUAAUGGAAAUGGCAUGUUUGCUCCACCAGUGUCUAUGAGUGGUGGUUCUGUCAACCGUUCCAACAGCCAGGUGGAGAACGCUGGUGCUUUGGACUUCACUGUACCACGGGCACCUGCCAAUCACAGUGCAAAUAAUGAGGUGCCGAUUCCUAGCCGUCCACUCACAGGAGGGCCUGUAUUCCCUAUACAGUCUGUCAGUGUCCAGAAUUUCCAGCCUGGGGUCGAUAUUAACAAGCAGGGUUUUUAUCAGCAGGUUACUGAUGACAGAAGACGGCAUCCUGUUUUGGGGUACCCUCAACAGGGUCAAGGAACAUCGCAAGAAUACAUGGUUCCUGUCUCACAACCGUUAUCUCUGAGCUCUUCCCAAUCAGCUCCUGUACCUAAACCCAUGUCAUACCAACCACAAAUAGAAAAUCAAGUGGCAGAUGUUCAGCAACCCCCUGUGGGACAUCCCAUUACCAGUGCUUCUGAGCUAUCUUCUAAAUAUGGACCUUCUGAGCCACUUUCACAUACUGCUCAAACUGUUCCAGGAACAUCAGCCCCAGUAAGCCUCAACAAUAUAGCUGGGUAUCCACCUCCACCAAGACCUCCUGCUUCCCAGACACCACAACAAGCAGAUAGUUACUACUACUAUAGGACUUAUGGCACAUACCCACCAGCAUACCAACCCAUGGAAUCCAGAGCAGCACAUAUGUACUAUCAGGACCCCUAUGCAGCCUAUGACCCAGCUUAUGUUUCAUACCAAGGAAAGUACCCCUACAAAGAACCAGAACGACCCAGUUCGAGAGCCAGUCAGUCUUCAGAUCGACCCUCUUCACGACAGGGAUACGGCACAAAAGGAGAUUGGGCUGCACCUGCAAAUUACUACCCAGAAUAUUUCCAAGGGCAUUACGAAUAUGGAGACCCUUCACGUUGGGACCGCUAUCCUGGUGCAUACGAUCCUGGCUAUAGAGACCCCAGAAACAAUUACUGGAACUACAUGUAUGGAAGCAUUGAAGAUCCAUACCAGAGAAAAGUCCCGUAUGCGUAUCCUAGCAGGUAUGAUGUGUAUGAAGAUCGCUGGCAGUACGACCCUCGUUAUGUUGGGGGCUUUGAUGAUGAGAACGAACCCCGAAGAGAUCUCGCCAAAGAUGAUUUCGACAGGCGUAGUGUACACAGUGAGCAUUCUGCCCGCAGCCUGCGUAGUGAACACAGCACCCACAGUCGGCGGAGCAGCUUCAGCUCCCACUCUCAACAUAGUCAGAUAUACAAGAGCCAGCAGGAUCUCACUGCAGGUGCAUAUGAUUCCCAGGUUGCAAAUCCUUCUCUCACUGACUACACAUAUGGGCUGUACCCUAGCGAUUACAACAACCAGCAACCGGUAGACUCCUAUCAGUAUGGUUACCAGAGCAACACAGAAUGGCAGGCACUAGAACAAGCUCCUGCAAGACCUAUGACACCAGAGAAGUUUGGAAGCCCGCAUGUCUGUGCCAGAUUUGGCCCUGGCGGGCAUUUAAUCAAAGUACUCCCUAACCUCCCUUCCGACGGGCAGCCCACGUUAGUUGAGAUCCAUAACAUGGAGGUUAUUAUGCAGAGUAGUCCAGAACAAGAGGAGUUGAGAUCUUUUCCUGGUCCUCUGGUGAAGGAUGAAACUCACAAAGUUGAUGUAAUUAAUUUUGCCCAGAACAAAGCCAAGGAGUCUUCACACAAUGAAAAUCUGCUAGAUCAAGAGUCCACUCGUCUUCUCUGGGACCUAAUUGUGUUACUUUGCAGGCAAAAUGGGACCGUUGUUGGGACAGAUAUAGCAGAACUUCUCUUACAAGAUCACAGAACUGUCUGGCUUCCCGGGAAGUCUCCAAAUGAGGCAAAUCUGAUCGAUUUCAGCAAUGAACCACUGGAACAGGAAGAAGAAUCCGGGGCUUCUCAGCUCUCGUUUCUUACGGAUUCAAUACCAUGUACAGGGAGAAUACUGGAGAAAGAGACUGAGAGGUUCAGAGAGCUACUGCUUUUUGGACGUAAAAAGGAUGCGUUAGAAUCUGCUAUGAAACACGGGCUGUGGGGUCAUGCGUUGCUACUUGCCAGCAAAAUGGACAGCCGAACUCAUGCACGAGUCAUGACCAGGUUUGCCAACAGCCUUCCAAUUAAUGAUCCACUGCAGACUGUUUAUCAGCUCUUGUCUGGACGGAUGCCAGCUGCUGCCACGUGCUGUGGCGAUGAAAAAUGGGGCGAUUGGAGGCCUCACAUUGCAAUGGUUCUGUCAAAUAUUACAAAUAAUGUGGAUGUACCAACUCGGACCAUAACCACUAUGGGAGAUACUUUGGCCUCUCGAGGUCUCUUAGAUGCUGCUCAUUUCUGCUAUUUGAUGGCUCAGGUCGGCUUUGGUUUUUUCACCAAGAAAUCCACUAAACUGGUUCUUAUCGGGUCCAACCACAGUUUGCCUUUUACAAAGUUUGCUACCAAUGAGGCAAUCCAAAGAACAGAGGCGUAUGAAUAUUCCCAGUCACUUGGAGCGCAGACCAUCUCACUCCCCAAUAUACAGGUUUUCAAAUUCAUUUACGCUUGCCGUCUGGCGGAGUGUGGUCUCUGCGCUCAAGCUUUCCAUUACUGCGAGGUCAUCGCCAAAACUGUACUAAGGCAUCCGUCUUAUUACUCCCCAGUACUCGUCAGCCAGCUACUUGAGGUAUCCUCCCAUUUGAGAUUUUUUGACCCUCAGUUGAAGGAGAAACCAGAGCAGGAAUUAUUUAUUGAACCUCCUUGGCUCUUGCGUCUCCGACAUCUUGACAUGCAGAUAAAGCAAGGAACUGUUGUAUACAAUACUGGCAGAACCACCCCUCAGCAAUACGCCUGCAGCACUCCGAGCUCUGAGGUGGACCACAUCAGCCAAACCGAUGGCAUGGUACCGCCUCCGCAUGUGCCUGCUGGGACUGAUAAUCCAUUACUGGCUAACUACCUACCCAACAUUAUGCCCGAUGGUCAGAACAUUCAACUAGUUUUGCCUGGUCCUGAAAAUGCAGCAUCUGUGUAUCAACCGCCUGCAGGCAAUGAGUCCUCUUACCCAGGGACGCCUCAGUCUCUAGGGCCCACUUCAGGAUAUGCUCCUCCAAUUAGUGGGCUCCAAUUUGUGCCAUUCAGCAAUGAGCAGACGGCUACCUACGCUCCAUCCGUGGCAGAUCCUCUGACGCCGCCUCCGCAACCAACAGAUUUUGUUCCCCAGUGGAAUCAGGAUCCAGGAGCCCAAAGAAUUCCUCAGCAUUCACCCACCAAGACGACCUUUGAUUCCGGAUUUGAUUUUUAUGGCGAAAUGGCUAAAAUGGCUCCAGGACAGCGAUCCAGAACGGUUUCCCAGUCUUCGUCACACAUUAGACGGACACGGACAACGUCUGAGUCCUCGACCCACUCCAUUGGUUCAGCAAGGAGAAGCUCUGUUGGGAUGCAGCCAUCACCUCCCCCUCCUCCAAUCCCAGAAUUAGACAAACCGGAAGCCAAGAAAGAGUCGAAGGCUCAUAAGGCAUCUCAAGGGAAUGGUAGAAGUUGGUUUCCCCUGAAAAUUGGCUGGCUGAUGGGAAAAGGCAAGAAUGAAGCUCACUUACCUGAUGACAGGAACAAAUCUAUUGUCUGGGAUGAAAAAAAGCAGCGUUGGAUUAACAUGGAUGAACCCGAUGGGGAAGAGAGUAAACCCCUUCCCCCUCCUCCAGCAGGUAUGCCAAGACCCCAGAACAUGCCCGCUGGUCCUGGUGGCCCUCCCAACCCGUCUGUCAACAUGUUCUCCAUCAGAGCAGCAGGUGCAAGAGGUCGAUACGUCGAUGUCCUAAACCCUAAUGGCGGCAGCAGACCUUCCAACACUGUCCCACCACCGGCUGACCUGUUCGCACCUCUUGCCCCGAUGCCCAUGUCGGCAAACCUUUUUGUACCAAAUGCAGUUCCAGAACAAGAUCAGCCAGCGGAAGCAAGUGGAGCUGAAAUUGCACAACCAGCAGACCAGGCUGGCCAUGAGAACCCGCAACAGGCCCAGUUAGUAAAUCCAGCUUCAUUUCCCCCUGGGGCUGAUCUCCCAGGUUUAAAUCAGGACGACUGUCCACAAGGAGAGCUUUCUCGUUCUAGUUCAAUGAGUUCCUUAUCACGAGAAGUAAGCCAGCAUUUUACACAGGUUUCCAAUAACACCGUUCCUGACCAAGGUCCUCCCACUGGAGCUGUCACUUUCUACAACCCAUCUAAAUUUGCACAACAGCCACCUGGCAUGACAGGAGGAGCAAGGCCCGGCCGCCUUGGUCAACGGAAGUACCCUUCACUGAAGUAGAUUUGUUGCCUUUGCCCCACGGCGUCGUCAUACAUUUCAAAACAUUCUCUUUCUAGAUGGAGCAUGUGACCUUAAAAGCUCCUACGGAAUAUGAUACCAUAGACUUUUAAUUCUCACGGUCAAUCAGUCGCCAAUUUUUACAGCCAUCUCUGUCCCAAAUGAAAUAUCCUAUGAGCAGAUUCUUGGGUGGAAGACAGUCUUAACAGUUUUUGGGUGGCGUGACCAGAUUUUGGUUCAGGAGAGCUAUUUUGUGGUCGAAGAGCAGUUUAUUUUUUCAAUUCUUAGAGAUGCCCCUGAGUGAAAGAUAAAUCUGAAUUUUGUGGCCUUUGGCUUUUACUGCAAGAACACCACGUUCCUUUCCAGCUGUUCACUGGAUUUUCCUAUAGCAAAAUAAUUUGGUGGUUGAGUUUUACAGCAGUUUCUCGUCUUCACGAUUCCUUGCAGUUGGAAGAAAAAAAGAAAAAAAAAACACAAAUAAUCAAAUUCUAAAAAUGUAAAAGUGUGAUUUUUUUAAAUUCUUUUGCAUUGUCUUUAUCCUAUUUCAGUGCUGGAAGAUUUUGUGAUUUCUGGCACUCCAUGGGGUUAAUUCUCGACCCAGUAAGAAAUAAUAUAUUAAUUUAAAACUGUGACUAAUUGACAUUAAUCUGGAUGAUUUUAUUUCAUAGUAUGUAUGUAGUCAAUCUCAUUGUAAGAAACUUUGUAUAGUCUCACAAAAGUCUUUGUAUAAUAGUUUAACCUGUUUCCUGUCCAUAGGGCAUACUAAAUUGUGUUGGAUUGCAUUGAAGGACCUUCUGGCAAUGUUAGAGUUAAGAUCUGCCCUUUUUCCUGUUUGUGUGAUUUUGUUUUUUAAGUGCAAUACGUUUAACUGCUUUCUGUUCGUACAUUUAAAUUAAAGAGAGAGAAUGCUGGUAAACUGCUACAAAUAGGAUCAAUUCCUUUUCAGAGGUGAAAUGAUUAGUGAAAUUCCUUGUCUGCAUUCAUUAUCAUCAUCUUUUGUGUCUUUAAUAUCAGCAGUAUACACUUUCCAUCAUUAAUCCCUAAAUUAAAAAUCAGGCCUGACUGCCACAGUCCCCAUUAUUCGAGAGGGUGAUAUCACAGCAUGGAUUUAACAUUUUAUUUUAGUGUGUUUUUUUUUUUUUUUUAACUCUUCGGUGUAAAACUAAGAAGGAACUCUCAACAACUGAUGGUUGAUGUUGCUGUGUCAAUUUGAGUGGAAACCUAUAUUGGUUGGCACAGACAUUUCCCAUUCAUUCCUUAAAGGAACACUCGGCACCAUAACUUAAUUGGAAUGAAGUUAUGGUGCAAGGAGGUACCUGGCGCCACCUUAUUUUUAGGGAGUUAAACCGUUAAUAAACGUUCGAGGCUUUCUGUUUUAGGAACCUGAGACAAUUAAUGGUAUAACUCCCAUGGGUAAGCCGGUGCUAAGCAUGUCUUGGCACCAUAACAACUACAGUUUAUUGACCCUUUAGAAUUUGAGAAACCUUUUAUUUUCAGCAUCUGCAAUAUUUGGGUAUUUUUCUAUUUAUGGAUAUUUAGAUUUUUUUAAAUUUAUUUAUUUAUUUUUUUUCAUUUUUUUUUUUUUUGGCACUCCCAGUUAGUUUUAGGUAUUUUUCCCUAUACGUGCCGAAUCUGGGCCAGGUCUCCCAUCUGCUACUCCAGGUACAUUUCCAAAGAUUAGUUUUUUUUUUUCCUCUUUCCAACUAUAUCUUCCAAAAAGCACUCAGGGUAAUCUUUCAAAUUGUACAAAAUGAUUCUAUAUACUAUGCAGUUGCAGAGUCAGUGAUUUGUUUAAACUUGGCCAUGUUAUUCCCUUACAGUAAAUUGUGAUAUUUGUUUAAUUUAGGGAAUAUAUUGUGGUUUUUAUAUUCUGCUCGCAUAUGUAAAGAUUCACAUAUAUUUUACCGUUUUUUGUUUUUUUUUGUAGUCCCACCCCUGUGUCACGUCUUUGGUCUGAUAUUGCAUGUAAACCAAUCUUUUUCCUGCAUUUUAUUACAUUGUUUUCAGAGGUGCGGCUAGGCGCAUAGUGUUUAGUGUAUAUAUACAGUACUUUUUACCAUCUACACCCCUUUUCCUGAUCUGCAGAUGUAGAGGUUAUAUAUCAUCCACAUGUGUAGAAGAAAAAAACAAAAACCUAAAAAUCACUACAAAUGUUUUGAUCGCAUUAGUAGCAGUUUAUGAUACUGGUUGCAGCAGUGGUAUCCAACCUUGGCCACAUUAUUUGCUUUAGGACUACACUGCCCUUAAACCAUUCCCAGACAAAUAGUGAUUUAAAAUAGCUGUUGCUUGAAAAAGGUGUCUCAUUAAGCAGGCAAGUACGACUGAUGCACUGACACACAAUCCUAUGAAACCGCUUUCUCGUGAACAGCAAUACCCUACAAUGGCGUUUUGGUUUAAUGACUCGCUUGUGAUACAUUUGUUAUUUUUUCCUGAGAUUUUCUCUUGUGUUCCCUUGCAGUGGGGCAUAAGAGAAACAUAUCUCGGACUUAAGGACAGACGUGCCAUUUGGACUGUCUUAUUGUAUCUGGGCUGUUUGGAAGUAUAUUGCUAUAAUUCUGUUCUCCUAUUUAACUACAUGUAAAAAUUCAUUUAAUGUAAUUUUAAUCAGAUUAAAAAAAAAAAAUUGGCAACACUUCCACAAAUUAGAAUCAUCCAGCAGUUUAUCAGUUUCCUCUACGUCUUGAAUGGUGAGGGGAAACCUGUAGCUCUUUGCCGGUUUAUGAACUGCAUAUCCCUUAAAUUCGUCAUCAGAAUGGGACUGAAGGAACAUCACUGGAGAAAGUGUUUAACUUCGAGCAAAGAGCUACGGGUUAACUAAAGUGUGCAGUGCAUUAACCCUUUCAAUGCCAGAGUAAUCCUCAGUGCAUUUCAACUUAAUUCUUCUCCGGCACAUCAUGGCGACAAACAAAUGGUAAAUGUUACUUCUUCAGAGUGGCUGUUAGAUGGGCAUUGGAUUUGUUGUACUUCUGGCUAGGAUACCCCAGGGGUAACCGCUGCCUGUUUGUAUAUCUGUCCCUCCGCUUUGUAAGCACCGACUGGUGACUACAUCGUCCUUCCCUAUUCUAAGUUCUACAUUCUGCUUCUCUUGUGCUAAUAAAGUCUGUCUUUCAGUGUAGACUGCCGAUAUCUUUUACAUCAAGACUUGCUUGGAUCAGGGAGCUGCUAUUUUCCUAAGAAACAAGUGUUUUAAUUUGAAAUUGUAAAUUCCUGAAUAAAAUAUUUUGCGCUGUAACGCACUUUCAAAUGUAA